AUGCGAACAACAGGAAUAGCCCUAAGCUUCUCAACUGGAGAAUAUGCGUGUCCAAGCCAAUCCAAACACGCCAAAAAUGUAUCUGUAGCUCUGAACGAUACCUGUAGAAUCAUAACGGGAUGUCUUAGACCAACGCCUACAAACAAGCUAUACCUUCUAGCAGGCAUAGCUCCACCUGAAAUUAGAAGACGAGUAACCACCGAUAUAGAAAAAACCAAACAGAUAAAGGACGAAAGACAUCCUAUGUUCGGACAUGAAAUCGCGAAUACAAGACUUAAAUCCCGAAAAAGCUUUAUGCAAACGGCAAAAGAACUGCACGAAUCCCCCCCCCCCCAAAAGCUAGAUUGCAAAGGUGGCAAGAUGAGCUACAACCGGAAGAACUGA